AUGCCUAACUCGAAAGAUAAAUUGUCCGGCAAGAAGAUUAUUGUUGUUGGUGGAAGUUCUGGAAUCGGCGCGGGUGCCGCUGCUGCACUGCUCGAACAUGGCGCUCACGUCACCAUAAUCUCCUCAUCAGAGGAGAACCUGAAGGUUGCAUUACAGAGGCUCAACAGCCCCAAUGUCACAGGCGAGGUUGGAAAUGUCCGCGACGGGGCGGCUUACACCGCUGUCCUCCAGCGCCUGGCCCCUGUCGACCACAUUGUCUACUCGAGCGUCGACAAGAUCAUCCGUGGCGCUAUCGCGGAGGCAGAUCUAGACGAAGCGAAGCAUUACUUUGGCGUCAAAUUUUGGGGUUCGGCGUUGACGGGCAAAAUCGUCUCGAAGCACGAUAUCAUUCGACCAGGGGGAUCGUUGACGCUUACUUCGGGUACUGGAGCUAUCAAACCGGGUACUACAGCCUCCAUAGGAGGCUCGCUCAAUGCGGGUCUAUUCACGAUGACACAGGGACUAGCGAAUGAGUUGAUACCGAAAAAGAUUCGGGUCAAUUGUGUUGUUCCCGGCGUAGUUCAAACAGAGUUGUGGGACAAGAUGGGCCAGUCGAAAGAACAGCAAGUCGAGACAUUCAAGAAAGUCGGAGACAGUCUGCCUGUAGGCUUUGUGGCUACGCCUGAAGAUAUAGCAGAGGCUUACUUAUACUGCGUUCGAGCCGAUUAUGCCAAUGGCACGCUCAUUACUAUCGACGGAGGGGGCAUCUUGUAG